AUGCCAAAAAAAAGCAAAAAGGCAAGAAGUACUAAGCUGAAAGAAAAUAAAAAAAGACAGAGAAAAGCUAGACAGGAAAAAAACAACAAUCUUAGGGAUGAAAAUGAAAUAGAAAAUAUAUUAGAGAAUAGAAUUGAACAUUUAUAUGAGGAUGAAACUGAAAAACUAGUUCAGAGAGUCAGCUCUACAAACUAUCAAUACAAGAGGAAUACAUAUGAUGAUAAUAAAUAUCAGAGUAAAAGUGAUAUACAAAAUCAGACAGAAAAACUAGACCAGAAUCAGGUUGAAAAACUGGAUAAAAAGCAGAUUGAAAAACUGAAUAAAAAUCAGAAUAAAAAAAUUGUUCAAAAUCGGACAGAAAAACUGGAUCAAAAUCAUAUUGAAAAACAGGAUGAAAAUAGGAUUGUUAAAAAGAAGUAUGAAAAUUUUAUUGAACAACUAGAUCUAAAACACAAUUGUCCAUAUAUAGAAACUGAGAGUGAAAUAGUACUUAUGAAUAAAGUUCAAUUGGAACAAUAUCAAAGUAAAAUAAACAACAAAACUUCAAUCAAAGCACAAUGUAACAACAAAAUAAACACAUCUAAGGUUAAAGAUUGUGUAAAGGAUAGUAGACCAGGUAUUAGAAAUACAUUUGUACAAGGUAGUUUUCACCAAGGAGAUUUAAGGUUUGGUAUCAACAGUGGAAAGCAAUGUGUGGCAAAUUGUUGUUCAGCUCUCGCUUUUAGUAAAUUGAAAGAUUUAACCUAUUGGGAUCAGAAAUAUUUAGAUAAAGUUCUGAUUUAUGGGAAUGAUUUAUAUAGCCGUGUUAGUGGUAAUAAUCAUCACUUAUUAAUAUCCGACCUACCACCAAUAUUAGAUAUAUCAGGAAAAUUGAUGCAAUUGUCACUAAAAGAGUCGAUAUCUGCUGUAAUAGAUACAUCAGAAAGUAUUGAUUUUAGUGAAUUUGGUAAUUCUUUGCCAUUAGAUCAAGCUUUACAGGAAUCCCUUGUAGAUUAUGAUGCUUGCUUUAUAUGUGCAUAUGAUACUUCAUUUUUAGCCUUGAAACAUGGCGUUGAUUUAUUUUUGUUUGAUUCACAUGCAAGAAACGAGUUUGGUUUAAAGCACAGUAAUGGCAAAAGUUUACUUUUAAAAUUGAGCAGUCUAGAUCAUCUUUAUCAAUACUGUUGCAACAUGGUAUCAGGAGCAAGUCAAAAUCAGUGGUUUGAGGUCACUGGAGUAAGCAUAUCUAUAGUUGGAGAACCUGUAGUGUACAAUAAUGGUGAUAAAAGUCCUGAAAACCAUAAAGAAAUGAACAACACCAACUAUAGCAAUAUUGGAAAUUAUGAAACAAUGAACACCAGUUACUAUGAGCUGCCUGAAAUUGUUGAAGUAGAAAACGAGAAAGGGUCAACCCUUACAAAAGUUCACGAAAAAAUUAAUGUAACAUUUGACAUCUAUAGCUCUGAAAGUAAUGCCAAUAAUAAUAUCAACAAGAAUGAGUCUGAUGUUGAAAUUGUGUCUGCAACUGACAUGACUUAUGAUUUUAAACCAAUCAACACUAUUGCAAAGAAAAAGCUUUGUCUCAUUCCAAGAUUCAAAACUAUCACAGAGCACAUACAUUCUCUCCAGAUGAAAGAAAAUAAUGUAUGGGGAACUGAGUUGGAGAUUAUAGCAUGUGCAGACCUGCUAAAAACUGACAUUUACACUUAUUACAAUGAUUCGUGGAUUAAAUAUUCUUCGUCUCAAUUAUGUAACAAAAACAAAAUUAAUGUUCAGGCAAUCUAUCUUCAACAUCUAACUGGUAUUAAUCACUACGAAGUUGUCACAGCUGUAAAUCAAAAGUCAAGGUAUCAAAACAGAAUGCAAUCUAGUCCAGUUGAAAGGGAAAAUUCUGAAUUUGAUAGGAAAUGUGAGGUGCCAACAUUGAAAAUUAAUGAUUCGGAUAACUCUUCGGAUGAUGAAUCAAAAGUCUUAUCAAAAGCUGAAAAAGAAAGGAUAAGAUACAGGAAAGAUGAGGAAUUUAAAGCAAGAAAGAUUUCCACUCUGAAAAGAAAAUAUAGGGAAAAUGAGACAUACAGAGAUAUUGCAAUACAAGCAGGUAUCAAGAAAUAUCGAGAGGACAAAGAUUACAGAGAUGCUUUAAAAGAAUCUGGAAUUCAGAAAUAUCAAGAAAAUGACAAGUACAGAGAAAAAUUGAAACGAGCUAGUGUAUAUAAGUAUGAAGAAGAUGAACAACACAAGAAACAUGUCAAACAAGCAAGUGUUCAAAAGUAUAAGGAAGAUGAAAAGCACAAGGAACUUGUAAAACAAGCAAGUGUACAAAAAUAUAAGGAAGAUGAAAAGCACAAGAAACUGGUCAAACAAGCAAGUGUUCAAAAGUAUAAGGAAGAUGAAAAGCACAAGGAACUUGUAAAACAAGCAAGUGUACAAAAAUAUAAGGAAGACGAAAAGCACAAGAAACUUGUGAAACAAGCAAGUGUACAAAAGUAUAAGGAAGAUGAAAAGCACAAAGAACAUGUGAAACUAGCAAGCCUAAAAAAGUAUAAGGAAGAUGAAAAGCACAAAGAACAUGUGAAACUAGCAAGCGUACACAAGUAUAAGGAAGAUGAAAUGCACAAGGAACAUGUGAAACAAACCAGUAUAAAAAAGUAUAAGGAAGAUGAAAAGCACAAAGAACAUGUGAAACAAGCAAGUAUACAGAAGUAUGCAGAUGAUGAUUCACACAGAUGUAAAGUUAAACAACAAACAGAAACACGUCGUGAAAAUUUAAAACAGGAAAACAAACAAAUAACUGAAGUUAUCAGAAAAUUUAAGGAUGCUGUUAAGAAAGGUCCAGAAUGUGUUUGUUCUUGCUGCUUGAGGCUGUUCUUUGAAAAACAGGUUCUAAUCUGUAAAAAGGGGUCCUAUGAUAGUUCUAUAUAUGAUUCAUGCACAACAGAGAAAUAUAAACACAUAUGUACAGAUGACUGCAAUACUCAAUGUGCUUUUGAAGGAACAUGCAGAACAAGUCUAUGGAUUUGUUAUACUUGUCAUCGUAAAAUGAUGAGAGGUAAAAUACCUGCAGAUUCGUUUUCAAAUGGUUUAAUGCUUGAAGAUGUUCCAUUAGAAUUAAAACAGCUAAAUUCAAUAGAGCAACAACUAAUAGCCCUGAAUAUUCCAUUCAUGAAGAUAAUGGCUUUACCAAAAGGAGGACAAAAAGGUGUUCAUGGACCUAUAGUUUGUGUGCCAUCUGAUUUGAAAAAAGUUACUACGAUACUACCAAGAUCAGAAGAUGAAAGUCUUUUACUUAAGGUUAAACUGAAGAGAAAACUUAACUACAAAGGCUAUGACAAAUACCAAUAUGUUAGACCAAACCAUUUGGAGCAGGCACUUGUGUAUUUAAAGGAUAAAAACGUGUGGUAUAAAGAUGUCGCUAUCAAUGAUGAAUGGAUAAACCCUAUCCCUGAGGUAAAUGAUGAUCAAGUAGUGAAUGAUGAAUCCGAUUCUGAUUCUGAUGAUACUAAGAUGAUGGGGAAUAAAGAAAUACAGAAAGAUGAGUUAGAAAACAUUUCAAAGUCUUCGAAAGUAGGCAAUGAAAGAGAGGUAGAAAGCGAACAAUAUAGCUAUAUUGAUGAUAAGUUACGUGGUGUUCAAUUAGAUACUUGUUUACAACCUGCGGACAUAGGACAAGAGGCUUUAGAUUUAUGCUUUGAUCAAGUAUUUAAUUUAGCCCCAGCAGAAAAUAACAAUCCUCUAAGUGUUCUAAAAGAACCAGGUAUUGAAGCUAAAACCUUUCCUGUGCACUUUCCAUCAGGUAAAAAUACUUCGGAUGAAGACCGUGAUGAAAAACUGACAAUUGGAAGAUACUUUAAUCUUCGAUUAAUGAGUGUUGAAAACAGAUUUGCUAGAGAUACCAACUACAUAUUUUUCAGUCAAUAUUUAACAGAGCUCAAUAGUGUUAUUUCAAACGUUCAGAUAUCUCUAAGAAAACAAUGUCCUUUUUCGAAAGAAGGAAAGAAAGUUACAAGAGAAAUGCUUUGCAACAAGGAAACCUUAAAAGAAUUAUUUAAGAAAGAUGAAGCUAUAAAAUAUUUAAAACCCAUUCGAGGAACUCCUCCCUAUUGGCAAAGCUCACAAAAAGAUAUAUUUGCAAUGAUAAGACAGUUAGGAGUCCCCACAUUCUUCUGUUCUUUUUCUUCUGCAGACUUUAGAUGGUCAGAAAUUAUAAACACAAUUUUAAAACAGCAAGGUGACACGAGAAAUAGUGAAAAUAUGACAUGGGAUGAAAAAUGUAAAGUUCUGUGUAGCAAUCCUGUAACAGCAGUAAGAAUGUUUGAUCAUAGAUUUCAUAUGUAUCUGAAGGAUGUUAUCAUGUCAGAAGCUCAACCAAUAGGGAAAAUAAUCGACUAUUUUUACCGAGUUGAAUUUCAACAAAGAGGUUCUCCCCACACACAUUGUUUGUUUUGGGUAGAAAAUGCUCCAAAAUUUGGUGAAGAUGAUAUUGAUGACAUUAUUACCUUUAUUGACAAGUACAUAACAUGUGAGAUACCAGAUGAAAAGGAAGACAAAGAAUUGCAUGACAUUGUUAUGGCAGUACACCAACACAGCAAAAAACAUUCAAAAUCUUGUAAGAAAAAGGGAACAGUAUGUCGGUUUAAUUUCCCAAGACCUCCCUCAUCUAGAACAUUUAUAUCAGAACCAAGUGAUCCAGAUAAAGAUUCAGAGGACGAUGAAGAAUUAGCAAAGGAAAUAUUGUCCGACUUAUGGGAAGUUAUUAAAAAUCAUGAAGAUGAAAACUUAAAUGUUUCUGAAAUUUUCAAGAAGAUAGGACUUACUCAAGAAAGCUUCGAAACAUAUUAUCGUUUUAUCACCAAUCGCAAUACAGUAGUCCUCAAACGUCAGCCAAAUGAAAUAUUCACCAAUCAGUAUAACCCACAUCUUUUGAGGGCUUGGGAUGCAAACAUGGACAUACAAUAUAUUUUAGAUGCAUUUUCCUGUGUUGUAUACAUUAUAAGUUACAUAAGUAAAGCUGAGCGAGAGCUAGGAUUACUCCUCCAACAGACUAAAAAUGAAGCAGAAGAAGGAAAUCUAAAUGCUCAACAGACUAUGAAAAAAGUUGGAACUUCAUACUUACACCAUAGAGAGAUAAGUGCACAGGAAGCAGUGUUUAGAGUAACUGGAUUAAGAUUACGAGAGUGUUCAAGGAAAGUAGAAUUUAUACCUGUUGGUGAAAAUCCAUGUAGAAUGAGCGUUCCUUUGAAAGACCUAGAGAAACAACAAAAUUGUAAGUCUCUUAAAAGAAAAACACAAAAUAGUGACAGCGAAGAUGAAGAUGAAAAUAGUACUUGGAUGAACAACAUUGUUGAUAGAUAUAAAGGUAGACCUCACAUUGAUAUCUUUAUCAAAUUGUGUCUUGCAAGAUUCACUUCUGAAUACAGUGUUGUACUAGAAUCACAAUUACCACAGAAAAUUAAUAAAGACACAACUUUCAAACUUGAUGGCUCACUUGGAUAUAUUAGAAAACGCACAAGAACUUCACCUGCAAUUAUAAAAUAUCCUCGUUUCUCUCAGGAAAAUUCCCCAGAAAAAUAUUAUCAAAGCAUUUUGCAACUGUAUUUGCCAUACAGAUAUGAUGAACAGUUAAAACCACUCUUAUUUCAAACAUAUGAGAAUUUCUUCACAUGUGGAAGAGUUAAGUUUCAAGGGGAUAACACAUUAAGUUCUGUGAAAGAAAUUGUUAUCAAAAACAUGUCAGACUUUGUGAAAAAUGGUCAUGAUUUAGAGGAAGCAGAAAAGCAAUUUCAUGAAAAAGAUCCUAAAGAAGAUGCUUGGUGUGAGUUAUGCCCAGAAGCAGAAGUGAAUAGAAGAGAAUGUAUAGAUGAAGGCAAAGUAUCUAGUGUGAUUGAGGAGGAUUUAUCAAUACCAGAUUUGAAUGAAAAGAGCUCAUCAUCUGUUGGAACUAAUUUGCUGUCUGUUUCUCUCACAAAAAAUGAAAUCAUUCCAAGGCUAAGAAGUUUGAAUGUGAAACAGAGAAGAAUUCUCUAUAAAAUAAGAGAUUGGUGCAUUCAAAAAGCAAACGGAAAAACACCAGAGCCUUUACAUUUAUUUAUCACUGGAGGAGCUGGAACGGGUAAAAGUCACUUGAUCAAAUGUAUUCAAUAUGAAGCAACUCGAAUAUUAGCACAAACAACAAAUAAUCCAGAUGAUCUCACAGUUCUGUUAACAGCUCCAACUGGAACGGCUGCAUUUAAUAUCCAUGGAUUGACAAUUCAUAGUGCUCUUGGAAUAUUCAAAUCACUCUCACCUGAUCAUGCAACUCUUAGUGAAGACAAAAUUAAUUCGCUCAGAUCAAAGUUAGAACAUUUGCAAAUCUUGAUAAUUGAUGAAAUUUCAAUGGUCAAUAAGAAAUUGUUGUUUUUCGUUCAUGAGCGACUCAGACAAGUUAAAAAAAGACCAGACAAUUGUUUAUUUGGAGGUGUUUCAAUAAUUGCGGUUGGCGAUUUUUAUCAGUUACCACCUGUUCGAACAAAAAGGGUAGACAAAUUGUAUGUAGAUGACCCUUCUAAUCCCUCAAAUCAGCUAUGGAAUGGCUUGUUUGAAAUUGCCGAGUUGGAUGAAAUAAUGCGUCAACGUGAGGAUGGAAUGUUUGCUGAACUACUAAAUAGAUUGCGUGUUAAGCAGAAAAAUGAAAGUUUGUCAUCAUCUGAUAAAGAAACAUUACAACACUGCUUUGGUGAUAGCCCCGAUGAAGCCUUGCACAUAUAUUCUACAAAUGCAGAGGUUGAUACCUUUAACAAGGAGAUGAUAAUGAAGCAAUGUACAGAAUCAAAACUAAUUGAGGCACAAGAUUUCCAAAAAGACAAAACUUCAGGGAAAUUGACUCUGAAAAAAGUACAUUGUUUAAAGUCAGAUGUCUGUCUCCCAAUAUCUAUUCUUUUAGCUGAGGGAGCAAGAGUAAUGCUAAUCAAGAAUGAGGACACAGCAGAUGGUUUAGUAAAUGGUGUAAUGGGAACUGUUAUAUCUAUCAAAGACUUCUCACCAAAUUCCCUCCCAAGUACAAUAUAUGUUCACUUUGACAAUGAAAGAGUAGGAAGAAAUGCAAAGGUACAAAAACUCAUCAGUGGAAAACACUGUGUUGGAUUGAAACCUUCAAGUGAAGACAUUCCUUUAAGCAAUUGUGUAAGAAAACAGUUUCCAUUGAAGUUAGCCUGGGCUUGCACAAUUCACAAAGUUCAAGGAUUAACAGUUGAAGAAUGUGUUGUUGAUCUGAAUAAAUGUUUCACAUAUGGUCAGGCAUAUGUAGCCCUUAGCAGAGUUACAUCAAAAUCUGGUUUACACAUUGAAAGCAUAGAAGCUGAAAAAAUUGACAAGAAAAUCUUCUGCGAUCCUGAUAUUGUAAAGGGUGUUUCAGAAAUGACAAGAUUUUUGCCUGAAAUUGAGAAUACAGCAGAGGAACAUACACAAUCUUUUCAGAUAAUGUAUCACAAUAUUCAAGGUUUACAGACUCAUGCAGAAGAUAUUAAACAAAAUCCAGACUUUAGAAGUGCGGAUUACAUUUGUCUUACUGAAACCUGGGCUAAUCAAGAAUUCACUUGCUUUGAAAUGGUGGGAUAUGAUGGUUUUCAUUUGCCCAGAUCUCUAGCUUUUCAAGAAGAUGAUUCUUAUUAUUCUUCUUUAAAGGAAAUGCAGCAUGGUGGUGUGUGUGUUUUUCACAAGCUUUCUUCAGAAACAGAAUUGUGCAACUUGACAUCAAACUUAGAAUGUAUAGUUUUCAAGAUUCCAAGUAGAAAUGUUUUUGUUGCUACUGUUUACAGAACCCAGAGGUAUAAUCUAGGAAAAUUUUUGGAGAACAUGGAAACAUUAAUCUGUAAAUUGGAAGACUUGUCAGAAAGAGUUGUUGUAAUUGGCGAUUUUAAUCAAGAUAUUUUGAAAGGUAGCUGUACAGUAUUAAGUUUCAUGUUAUCAAAAGGUUUCAGACAACUUGUUAGUAGUGCAACAACAGAAGGUGGAACUCUUAUUGACCAUGUGUAUGUAAAAGGAUGUCAUGAUACACAGGUUACAAUUAUUCCAACAUAUUACAGCUAUCAUGAGGCACUGAAAAUAGUUGUUCCAUAUGACUAA